CAGGUCCUGCGGAAAAGGGGAGCGGAAGUGUUUAGAGGAGGAAGCGGCCUGUAGUAAAUAUUCCAGAGCAGAAAUCAGAGGGAUUUUAACUGAAAACAGAUUAAAUAUUAAUUUAUUGAGUAAAUCUCAGAGUUUUAGAGCGGAGAGAUGAUUCUACUGGAGAUCAACAACCGCAUCAUAGAGGAGACGCUCAGCCUGAAGUUCGAGAGCGCGAGUAACGGGAAUAAACCUGAGGCAGUUGAAGUCACUUUUGCAGACUUUGAUGGCGUCCUUUACCACAUCUCAAACCCUGAUGGAGACAAGACAAAAAUCAUGGUCAGCAUCUCCCUCAAAUUCUACAAGGAGCUGCAGGAACACGGAACCGAUGAGCUUUUAAAGAGAGUCUAUGGAAAUUUCCUGGUGGCACCUGAGGCAGGUUACAAUGUGUCCUUGCUGUUUGACCUGGAUACACUUCCUGCGAAUAAGGAAGAGCUGGUUCACCAGGCGGGCAUGCUGAAGAGGAACUGCUUCGCUUCUGUGUUUGAGAAGUACUUCAAGUUCCAGGAGGAGGGUAAAGAGGGGGAGCAGAGGGCUGUGGUCCAUUACCGUGAUGAUGAGUCCAUGUAUCUGGAGGCAAAGAAAGACAGAGUGACGGUGGUUUUCAGCACCGUCUUUAAAGACGACGAUGAUGUCAUAAUCGGGAAAGUGUUUAUGCAGGAGUUUAAGGAGGGUCGGAGGGCGAGUCACACGGCCCCACAGGUGCUGUUCAGUCACAGGGAACCCCCCCUGGAGCUGAAGGACACGGACGCUGCUGUGGGAGACAACAUCGGUUACAUUACGUUCGUCCUGUUUCCCCGACACACCAACGCAAAUGCCAGAGACAACACCAUCAAUCUUAUUCACACCUUCCGGGACUACCUGCACUACCACAUCAAGUGCUCCAAGGCCUACAUUCACACACGCAUGAGGGCCAAGACCUCAGACUUCCUGAAGGUGCUGAACAGAGCCAGACCUGACGCUGAGAAAAAGGAGAUGAAGACCAUGUCGGGAAAGACCUUCUCUCGCUAAAGGACACUUACUCCAGUCCCAGGCUCCUCAGAAAAGGCCUUUCAGCUCCAUCAGCUUCUCAAACGGGAGGAGAGGACUCCUCCAUCAUCGUCUUCUCCUUCUUUUUUGUUGCUUUGCUUUUAUAAGAAUACAGCUCUGGAAAAAAAACUAAGAGAGCACUUCAGUUUCUGAAUCAGUUUCUCUGAUUUUGCUAUUUAUAGGUUUAUGUUUGAGUAAAAUGAAGAUUGUUGUUUUAUUCUAUAAACUACAGACAUUUCUUCUAAAUUUCCCCAAAAUUCUAAAUAAAAAUAUUCUCAUUUAGAGCAUUUAUUUGCAGAAAAUGAGAAAUGGCUGAAAUAACAAAAAAUGCAGACCUCAAAUAAUGCAAAGAAAACAAAGUUCAUAUUCAUAAAGUUUUAAGAGUUCAGCUUCAAUAUUUGGUGAAAUAACCCUGGUUUUUAAUUUUGCAGUUUUCAUGCAUCAUGUUCUCCUCCACCAGUCUUACACACUGCUUUUGGAUAACUUUAUGUCUUUACUUCUGGUGCAAAAAAUAAAUAAAUCAGUUCAGCUUGGUUUGAUAGCUAAGUGGUCUCUUAUCUUUUUUCCAGAGCUGUAUAUGCUUCGUAAAUAAAAUUUCAGACAAUUUUUUUUAUUAAAGGGCAUUCCUUCUUUGAAGCACAUCAAAGUAUAUAUUUAAAUCAGAAAUAUAUAAAUAUAUCUGUAUUAAAUUGAAAAAAAAAACAUUUUUAUACGAAAUCUUUUACUUGUUACUGUGUUACUGUUUGUUAUCUUGUCACUGACUUACCUUUGUUUGAUCAGUGAAGCUGAUCUUGCCUCAGGCUCCUCCCCCCGUUCCUCUCUUUCAUGUCUGUCACAACUUACCACUUUAAACGGAUGGUUACAACAUGACAAAUAAAAACGCCUUCUUUCGGA